UUUUUUUUCUUUUCUUUUUUUCUUUGCUUUCAGCUAUACAUUCCACACGAUCCUGCAUCUACUAUGAAUCAAUUGUCCACUAUCGACUCAAUGACUAGUCCAAGAGAAAGAAUCGGAGAGCUCUUGCGUGAUAGUACCAAGCAAGUCUCGUAUCAAAUCCUGAACAUCCUUGGCUAUGGUACCUAUGGUUGCAUAUAUCUUGCAAAAAUCGUCUCUAACAACGCUCGUUCCGUUCCCGAAUACAAGGCUAUCAAAUGUCUUUCAAAAAAGGGCUUGACUGGUACUCAAUUGCUUCUUCAACGUCAGGAAAUCGACAUUCACCUUUCUCUGUCAUCUGUUCAUAACGGCUACCAUCCUCAUAUCGUUGAUAUGGUCUCUGUGAUCGAAACCAAAGACUCCCUUUACUUGGUCAUGGAGUACUGCUCCGGCGGUGAUCUUUACGACGCCAUCACAUCCCAACAUGCUGUCGUACGUGACUCUGGCGUGGACUUUACUCCGUUGGCUAGCCCGCCCGGCCGCUUCCUCAAUGUCCAUUCAGAUAGCUCCGUUCUCGAUGCCAUGAUCCAAAUCGCCUCUGCCUUGGCACAUGCACAUAGUCGCCAGGUCUUCCACCGCGAUAUCAAGCCCGAAAACAUUCUCGUUGCCAGCGAUGGUACCUUGAAGCUCGCCGAUUUCGGCUUAGCAACCAGGGAGCGGGUUUCUUCUGAUUUUGGCUGUGGUAGCUCGUUUUACAUGGCUCCUGAGCAACAGCCAACCAGAUCCCUAGUCGGUCGACGUCCCUACCUCCCUUCGAAAUCCGAUGUCUGGUCCCUGGGAAUCAUUUUUUUGAACCUACGGUUCGGUCGUAACCCCUGGAAGCUGUCGCGCGUAGACAUGGACGCGACAUUUGCUGCAUAUGUUCAAAACCCAAACAUUCUCCGUGACAUGUUCCCAGAGUUGUCCUCGAGUGCCCUCCAUUUCCUGCAGCGUGUCUUGUGUGUAGAUCCGAACGAGCGCGCGGACUGUUUUGAAGCCUUGGAGCUCCUCCAUCGUAUUGACAUCAUUUUGGGUGAAGAUCUAUUUAUCAAGGACUAUGCUGCCAUGGAGAACUGCAGUGAAGAACGUGUUGACUCUGACUUGGUCUUUGACGCUUCCUCAAUGGGCUCCUCUCCCUCAUCCGAGUCCUCCACCGAGGAAUACGUCACCGGCUCUGCCGAUGAGGAAGAAGAGGCAGAAGACGAAGAGAUUGACUCUUUGUUCCGUAUGGAGGAUGACUAUGGAGCCGGUCGAUCCUCAUCAAGUUUUGUUGAACAGACUCGUUCUUCUUCCAGCUGGCCGAUCACCUCCUUGCUCCAAUCUGGCAAGUCUUGGUCCGAUAUGAUCGAAGAGGAUGAGAUGGAUUUUUCGUUGCCUGUGGAGUUUGAUGAGACAAACUCUGCAGCUCUAGAGAGCACCCCUCCAAUUGUUUGCAUUACAGGCAGCAACACUACGCAGUCUACAAAAGACGCGAAUCUUAAUCCUGGUGACAUCUUAUGUGCCAUAAACCCUAAUGACCCCGAUGAUGACUACACCCCCACCAACUAUCUCCAAUAUCCUUUUGAAUGUUAUGACUCUAACUAUCUCAAUCCUCAACAGCAACAACAACAGCAACAGCAUAAAUUUAAAGACAAUACCACCACGAAAACAAACACAAACAUGACUGCAACCUUUACUGACCACGACAACACCCAUAGUUCUCGACUGAGCUCAUCUUGGUCGGCGUCCUCCUCAACAUGGAUGAAUGAUGAUCGGUGCUUUGAUUUUGCACUGGCGGGGUUCAACAAACUCUCGGAAUUGAUGUUCCUUGGGAGUCGUCCAAGUUCACCUUCAAUACCGCCCAUGGUUCAUCCUAGCCGAUUUUCCUUUGGAUAAAAGGCACUUUUCAAAUCCAUCAUAAUUCCUUGGUGG